AUGAGUUGGGGCAGUAGAGGAACUCUUGGGUUCAAAUGGAUAUGGGUUUCUUUAUGGAUUCUACAGCCUCAGGUGUGUUUAGGUUCCAUGAUUGUCUGGACAGCAUAUGUAGAGCUGAGCUACUUUAAUACAGGAACCAAUCAAACCCAGAUCAGUGUGUGUGAAUGUGGAGUGUAUGGAUCAAACUCCCCACUGGGGAGGGCUGCCGGCUUUGUAGCACUGCCUGAUUCAGACCCCUUGGCCUGCCAGCCCAACACCACUUUCUCCAUCUCGCACAAACCAUGGAUCGCUCUGAUCAAACGAGGAAACUGCACCCACGCAGAGAAGAUCCUGGCAGCUCAGAAGGCUGGAGCUGCAGCUGUGGUGAUCUACAACUUGGAUGGAACAGGAAAUGGAACGAACACCAUGUCACAUCCAGGAACAGGUGACAUCGUGGCGAUCAUGAUUGGGAAUAUUUUGGGCAGAGAGAUCACAGAGCUGGUUAAAGGAGGAACUGAGGUUUUUAUGGGAAUUGAAGUGGCGAAUCCUCACGGUCCCUGGAUUAACCCGUUCUGGGUUUACGUCAUGUCCUUUACCUUCUUCUCGAUAACAGCUGUAAUUCUGGGUUAUUUUACCUUUGUGAUGAUUAAGCGUCUUUACCGAAACCGACAGCUCCGCCUCCAGCAGCAAGAGUUAAAGAAAGUAGCAAAAAAAGCUAUCGCCAAGUUACAAGUUCGGACUCUGCGCAGAAACGAUCCGGAAGUGGAAAGUGAUGAGAUGAGCUGUGCAGUUUGUAUUGAUAUGUUUAAGAGAUGUGAUGUGGUAACUACGCUUCCCUGCAGCCAUAUAUUCCACAAGACGUGCAUUGAGCAGUGGUUACUGGAACAUCAUACCUGCCCCAUGUGUAAAUAUGACAUUCUCAAAAGAGAGGUGGGUGUGCAGCGGACUCAGGAAGCCCACUCAGAAUCAGCCGAUGUCACGUUUUAUCCGGUUUCUGUAUCAGGAUUGAUGAAUCCACCUGAUGUUGUUUCAUUCUCACAACUACAAGAACAAAGUCGACUUCACACUGAUGAGAUGGUUCUUCAGGUACCAGAUCUUGCUCGUGAAGAUCAGAACAGUAAAACAGAUCAGACUUACACAAAUGCUGCAUUUGAACAUGAACAGGAGAAACAACAAAGCUCUUAUCAACAGAGCGCCAACGCUCCAACACAGCGAGUUUAGACUCAUUUAUCUGAUCACUUGAUGAAGAUUGCACAUGAAGAUUCAGAUUGGAUCAGAUUUGAUCAAAUACAGAAAUGAACUUUCCCCUGCAGUUAAAAUAAGUGAACGGUGAGGAUUCUGAUUGCUGGUGUGUUGUUAAAUAAUUGCACUUUAAAUGUUGUUGAUCUGUGGCUAAAAACUGUGUGCGCUCUGAUUUAAAAAUUGUUUAUUUAAUACAAAUUUACAAAACAAUUUACAGAUUUAUGUUUAAAGUAAAAAUGUUUUCUAGUUCUACUUACAGAUGAGCCAAAAUAAAUCUACACCAUAUCAAAUAUGAAACUGAAUAAAUAUUGCACAAUAAAAAAACAAC